GCUCCGCAGGAUCCCACAGGUCGCUCUCGAGGAGCCGGAGGCGGGCUCCCGUUCUCUAAACUCGCACGAGGACAAAAGGAAAGCCGCACUGAUUCCUACCGUACUGACCCUGUCUAUAACGGCCUUGACCAAUCCCUUGUCAGAACAAUGACAUCAGAACAAAUAGAUCACGAUGAGAGUCCUCACCAGAUGUCAAAUUUACAUAGGGAAUGAAUAUCACACGUGAGGCUAGCCAACGAAUUAAAUGACGGCGCAGAGACAUGUUCCGUUUCUUCUUCUUAUAUCGUUGGGGGAAGCAAAUGUUUUUUUUUUCGGAUAAUAACACACACUGAAGUAAUCAGCAAAUUCAUAUAUUGGAAGAAAGCGGGAGUGUGAGAGAAAGGCUGGAAGGGAGUCUAUCCGUUGAUGCAUUUGCUAUCUGCAGUGCUUUCCCCCUCCGCUUCGCUCUGUCGUUUCAACUCACACUCAGCAUCGCGUUGCUGCCGCAAACCUUAUACGCAGCGUCCGGAGCGACUGAGCUCGGAGUGUGAACGACCGCCCCUCCCUCCCUCCCCCGCCACCCCCUCCCCAGAACGCAUCGACGCUACGUCUGCCGCCUUCCUCCACGCUCGCUGGCAGUCGCGUCAAGCUGCUGACAUCUAGCAAAGAGUCGCCUGGGUUCCGCAGGUGUACAGCAGGGCGUCUUACCGCGCCUCCCCCCCCCCCACGAGGAGAAAGCUUCCGCUCACAUCGAUAUCGUUUUUAUUCUUUAUUAGACGUUAUUAUUUGUGUGUGUUCUUUCGACAUUACCCCUGCCGACGUGGACUGUGAGGUUUGAUUUGAUGGUGCUGAGUUGGCGAAUCUGAUCAGGAGGUCGCGCGGCUGGAGAGCAUCUGCAUUGUGGCGGAAGCGAGCGAGCGGGCGGACUUUACAGACACACACGCGCACUCACACACAUUUAUACGCACACACACACGUCUCUUUCGUCUGCAUCCUCCACCACCGACUGUGAAUGGGCCUCGAGCCGACCGCAUUUGCAGUCGCUUUUUAGAAGAGUCCUUUCUGGAAGAAGAUGGCGGACCGGGCUGAGAUGUUCUCGCUCUCCACCUUCCACUCACUCUCGCCUCCGGGCUGCAGGCCAGCCCAUGACAUCAGUCUGGAGGAGUUUGAUGAUGAAGAUCUGUCUGAGAUCACAGAUGACUGCGGCAUUGGCCUAAACUACGACUCUGACCCCUAUGAGAAGGACUGUCUGAUCCUGGAGAAGAAUGAGUUCCACCACCCCGUCUGCUCCUUCCAGGACGACUUCCAGGAGUUUGAGAUGAUCGACGACGAGGAUGAGGAUGAUAAUGAUGACGAAGAGGCUCCGCCUUCCCCCUCGGCAUCUCCGCCCUCCUCCCCCUCACUCAAGAGCCGGCCAACGACCCUCAACCUCACGUCUACAGUCUCACAGGACUCAUUGAAUAAUAACAGUAGCGAUGUGUCUCUGCGUAAAUCCAGCUGGCAGGACUCGCUACGUAACCCCACCUCUCAGAGCCGUCUCUCUCCCACCCACUCAUGUCUGGAGGACAACACCCAUGUGACCGGCCCGUGCACGGUUGCCCCCGGAAACGCUGCCUCCUCCAAAGGUACUACCCCAAACCAGGCGCAGUCCCCCGGCCGACCCCUCCUGUACGACUUUGAGGGGAACAGGAGAGAGCGCCCCGAAUACGGUUCCUUCGGUCAGCAUAAGUCCUGCGGUGGCCCCGACGCUUGUGAUUUGAGGACGGCCUGUGACGCUCCCACAGCCGACGAAUCACAGUGCUCGGACACGGAGGUCGACCACGCCCUCAAUGGCAAGUGCCGACCGGGCCGACCGUGCCGCUCACACACCAACGACACCUACACCAUCACCUCGGAGACGGCCGACGACCCUGACCCUGACAACGACAUGACGCUGGACGGCACCAGCAAGUGCCUGUCAUCAACGGCGCCGCUAGGCAACGGUGAGGAGGGGGAGGAGGAAGAGGGGACGCAGACGCCGCUGUCGGAUGCGGAGCUGGACCGCGUGUUUGACGGAGACGACUACACGGGGCCGCCGGGCGGAGGCUACGUAGAGUUCCCCUGCAUCGAGUACAGCGAGGCCGCCUCCUUCUCCAGCUACGUCUCCUCCAGCCGAUCCGAGCCGCUCCCCGAAGCCGAUCGCCACGGCAACGAAGAAGCACGGGCGCCCGUCGCCGCUCACGACUCCACCUCGCCCUCGUCUGACCCGGGCAUCGCCGACAUGAACACCAAGCGCUGCUACGGGUCGGAUCGCCACAGCGACGACCUGAGCUCACCGGACUCGGACGUGGAGGAGGAGCUGGAGGCGGCGUUCGCCUGCGGAGGCCCGCUGGUCAGUCACAUGAUCUCCUCCAUCUCCGAGACCGAGCUGGACCUCAGCAGCGACUCCAGCAGCGGGCGCUCCUCACACCUCACCAACUCCAUCGAGGAGGCCAGCUCCCCGACCUCCGACCCCGAGCUGGACGCGGAGCUCGACCCGGAGCUGGACGCCGAGCAGGACAGCGGCAUCGUGGGCCUGAAGGCCUCCCUGCUCCUGGGCCAGCCCGACCCCAUCAAGCGCGAGGCGGAGGAGGACGACACGCUGGACCUGGACGACGGUCAGACGCUGAUGGGCCUCCAGAGCGUGGACGACGACGAGGACGAGGAGGCGGAGGACGACGACGGCUACGAGCACCAGGCCGACCCGGACGAGACGCUGCCUCCCGCCCUGCCCUGCGAGGACAGCGGCCUGGAGCAGCUGCUGCUGAAGGUGGAGCCGGACCACGGGCUGGAGAGCUUCAAACGCUCCUUCUACCUGCCGGUGGGGCCACGCCUCAUGCCCUGCGCCAACGACUACGACCCCAACAGCGAGGGCGAGUCCGAGUCCGAGUCCGAGGACGAGCUCAGCGAGAACUCCGACUCCCCCUGGCUGCUCAGCAACCUGGUCAACAAGAUGAUGUCCGAGGGGUCCUACCCCAUCAGCUGCCCCGAGGAGUGCCUGAAGCGCUCGGCCUCUAUCUCCGACACCAUCUCGCCCUCCACCCCGGCGGACCUGGACACCGACGGCUUCGCGGAGCUGGACGUGCGGAGGGCGGGGCAGAGGGAGGCGGAGCAGCCCGGCGUGGAGGGGGAGGGGCAGAUGGACGGCGGCGGCGGCGGCGACCCGGCGAGGCGGGUCAUCACGGAGGGGCGCGGCGUGGGCGUCUGCCUGUACAUGAGCAACCCCACCUGUGACACCAUCACCCCCGUCAUCCUGGAGCGCUACGAGCGCCAGCCCCCCCCCACCCUCAGCCCCGACCCCAGCAGCCUCAGCUCCACCACCACCGCCAGCACCUCCGAGAAGAACCAGGAGAAGAACGCCCCCCGAGGGAGACGGCAGCAGGAGGAGGAAGAGGAGGAGGAAGAGGAGCCGGACAACGACCGCAGGAUGGAACGCUCGCGGGCGAAGGAGCUGGACUCGCCCGGCCAGACCGACAGCGUCUCCAGCGACAAGGACGACGGCCGUGAGACCAAAGCCCCCGCCCCCGCCGCCCCCCCCUCCCUGCAGCGAAUCACGGAGGUGAAGAACAGCCUGACCCUCGACCUCCCCACCGCAUCCACCAACCGCGUCUUCAGCCUCAGCUACUCCACCGAGGAGGAGGAGGAGGAGGAGGAGGAAGAGGAGGGGGGGCAUUCGCCCUUCCUGGAGUCGCUGCCCCGCGUGCCCUCGCCCUACGCCCACUCCGAGCCCUACCUGGACAGCUCCCCGCCCAUCGACGAGAGCGUGCGCCCGCUGCCACUGCCGCUGGACUCCGCGCUGGCCGACGCGCUGGCCGACUCGCUGGCGUACGACAGCAUGAAGUACACGCUGGUGGUGGACGAACACACCACGCUGGAGCUGGUCAGCCUGAAGCGCUGCACCUCCCUGCUCAGCGACCACAGCGACAGCGAGGAGGAAGAGGAGGAGGAGCACGACGAAAAGCAGCCCGCUGGACGGCGGGACUACGGUGGCCUGCGGGGGACGGCUCUGAUCCGGGGCUCGGGAGGGAUGCGACCGGACCUGCUGCUCACCUCCUCGUCCGAGGAAGACUCCUCACCUGAAGCAGACAUGCCCUUCUCCAAGAAGUUCCUCAACGUGUUUGUCAACAGCACGUCACGGUCCUCCAGCACAGAGUCGUUCGGCUUGUUCUCUUGCACGAUAAAUGGAGAGGAAAGGGAGCAGACACAUCGCGCUGUAUACAGGUUCAUCCCGCGCCACACGGACGAGCUGGAGCUGGACGUGGACGACCCGCUGUUUGUGGAGGAGGAGGAGGAUGACUACUGGUACCGUGGUUACAACAUGCGCACAGGGGCCAGGGGCAUCUUCCCCGCCUACUACGCCCACGAGGUGGUAGGGCAGAGCAAGGAUCCUCUGGCUGUGAAAAGGAACCCUGCCUGGAUUGAAACCUUCAGUGUGCAGUUCCUCGGCUCCGUGGAGGUACCCCAUCACCAAGGCAACGGCAUCCUGUGUGCCGCCAUGCAGAAGAUUGCCAGGUCCCGUAAGCGGACGGUACACGUGCGUCCCCCCUCUGUGUGUGAGCUGGAAAUCAGCCUGCAGGGCGUCAAGCUCAUCAUGAGUCUGGAGGACGAAUACGACCUGUCUGAGGAGUUUGACAGGUGUAGUCACUUCUUCCAGAUGAAAAACAUCUCAUUCUGUGGGUGUCACCCCAACAACAACUGUUACUUUGGCUUCAUCACUAAGCACCCCAUGCUGAAUCGCUUCGCCUGUCACGUGUUCGUAUCCCAGGAGUCCAUGCGGGGUGUAGCAGAGUGUGUGGGACGGGCGUUCCAGGAGUACUACCAGGAGCAUCUGGAGUUUGCCUGUCCCACCGAGGAUAUCUACCUGGAGUAGGGUCGCCAUAGCAACAGCCCUCCUCCUCCUCCUCCUCCUCCUCCUCCCACUUGCGUGUGUUUCUAGCAGCAGACCACCAGGGGGCGCCUGGUAGCUUUUCCCCCCUCCCAUGUGACAUAGGCCCCUCCCAUGUGGCAUAGGCCCCUCCCAUGUGACAUAGGCCCCUCCCCAUGUGACAUAGGCCCCUCCCCCUCCCCGGUCUGGACCUGUCUUCUGUCUUAGUGCACCACCUCCGUGCUCCCACCUUAUCUAUCUAUUUAUUUAUUUAUUGAUUGAUAUAUUUAUUUAAAGGCUACUUUGGGAUGGAUUGCUUGUUUAUUCGAUGUUCUUUUUCUAUGAGGGAGUGGAAGAACAUGGGGUUUGCUUUGCUUGGUUCACUUUUAGUUUUUUUUUCUCCACUCUUCAGAGAAGGGAACAAAAUAAGACAACAGCAAAACUAAAAAGAAAAAGAAAAAAGAAAAAACCACAAAAGUACAAGUGAAGAUGAAGACAAAGUCCUUCUUCACAUUUCCCUGCAUGGCUUUUGAAGGGUUAUGCUCACACACACACUCACACACACACACACAUGUACUGGACGAGACCAGAGAAGGAUGCGGCAGUAUCACUGUAUAUGUGCGCCACAGGCUGGGGCCUCUACGUCACAUGGGCAUGGCCGCGCAGCAGGGGCCAGGAGACAGUGGAUGGAGAGCUCUGUGGUGUGUGUGUGUGUGUGUGUGUGGUGUGUGUGUGUGUGUGUGUGUGUGUGUGUGUGUGUGUGUAGGUAUCAGGGGUGUGUGUGUGUGUUUAUAUGUCUAGAUAGAAGGGGAGUAGAGGUAUCCACAGAACAGUCAGGAGUGUCAAAUGAGAGAGAGAGAGAGAGAGAGAGAGAGAGAGACAGACAGACAGAAAGA